UAAAUCAUUAUUGUAUUGAGACAAAAUCUUUGUCUUUUAUUGUUCUUCAUUUUAAUAACAUUAUUCACGAUAAUUACAAUAAUAAUUACAUCUAAAGAAUAAAAAAAUAUCACGAUAGAUGCAUGGUAAUACUUGUAAUUAAGUCAAAUAAAGUCGACAAAGGCUGUUAACAGCAAAGGGGGUUGAAAGUAGAGCGGGUUUUGUGGCGGCAGUGGUGGUGGUUAAAAUAUUGAAAUUGGUUGAAUCCACUUGAAACAUAAAGGUUACGUGAAAUAAAUUCCUUUCUUAUAUUUUUUUUAUUAUUAAAAAUUCUUGCAGUAUGGAGGCAUUAAUACCAGUGAUAAAUAAGCUCCAAGAUGUAUUUAAUACAAUUGGAGCCGAUGUGAUACAAUUGCCGCAAAUCGUUGUUUUGGGUACACAGAGUUCUGGUAAAUCAUCAGUUAUUGAAAGCCUUGUUGGUCGGUCAUUUUUACCUCGAGGCACUGGAAUUGUCACUCGUCGACCGCUUAUAUUACAGUUAGUUUAUACUCCAAAAGGUGAUAGAGAACAUCGCAAUGCUGAAAAUGGAACAUUGGAUCUUGACGAAUGGGGAACAUUUCUACAUUCAAAAAAUCGAAUAUUUAGAGAUUUCGAUGAUAUUCGUCGAGAAAUCGAGGCUGAAACUGAACGAAUGGCUGGUGACAAUAAAGGAAUUUGCCCAGAACCAAUUAAUUUGAAAAUAUUUUCUCCAUCAGUUGUAAAUUUAACAUUAAUUGAUCUUCCGGGAAUAACUAAAGUACCUGUUGGAGAUCAACCUGAAGAUAUUGAAAUGCAAAUUCGACAAUUAGUACUUAAAUAUAUUUGUAAUCCAAAUUCUAUUAUUUUAGCAGUUGUUACAGCUAAUACUGAUAUGGCCACUAGUGAAAGUUUAAAACUUAGCAAAGAUGUUGAUCCUGAUGGUAGACGUACACUUGCUGUUGUAACGAAACUCGAUUUAAUGGAUGCUGGUACUGAUGCUAUCGAUAUUCUUUGUGGUCGCGUUAUACCCGUUAAAUUAGGUAUUAUUGGAGUAGUCAAUCGAUCUCAACAAGAUAUAAUGAAUAACAAAUCAAUUGAAGAAGCAUUAAAAGAUGAGGCUUCUUUUCUACAAAGAAAGUAUCCUACUUUAGCUAAUAGAAAUGGUACUCCGUAUUUAGCCAAAACUCUUAAUCGUUUACUUAUGCAUCAUAUACGAGAUUGUUUGCCUGAUUUAAAGACUCGAGUAAAUGUAAUGAUUUCGCAAUAUCAAACACUAUUGAAUUCAUAUGGCGAAGACGUUUCAGACAAAAGUCAAACUUUGUUACGAAUUAUUAUGAAAUUCGCUAGUAGUUAUUGCUCAACUAUCGAAGGAACAGCUAGAAAUAUUGAAACAACAGCGCUGUGUGGUGGAGCAAGAAUUUGUUAUGUAUUUCAUGUUUUAUUUAAAGAAGCUCUAGACGGUAUUCAUCCACUUGGAGGCUUAACAAAGUGGGAUAUUUUAACAGCUAUCAGAAAUGCUACAGGACCAAGACCAGCUUUAUUUGUACCUGAAGUCUCAUUUGAGCUAUUAGUCAAAAGACAAAUACGCCGAUUAGAAGAUCCCUCUUUACGGUGUGUUGAAUUGGUUCAUAGAGAAAUGCAGGAAAUGGUACAGCAUUGUGGUACUGAAGUUCAUCAUGAAAUGCUACGAUUUCCUAAACUCUAUGAACGAAUUGUUGAUGUUGUCACUCAUUUAUUACGCCGACGUUUGCCUACAACAAAUUCGAUGGUAAAGAAUCUCGUAGCUAUUGAAUUGGCUUAUAUAAAUACAAAACAUCCUGACUUUCAUAAGGAUGCUGCUCUUGUUUCAUCUCUAUUAAAAAGUAACGAAUUGGAAGCUGCCAAACAUAAUAGAAAAAAUGGUACCUUAGUGAACUCCGCCAAUCCAGGAGCAGCAAUGACAACCAGUGUAGAGUUGCAUGGAAAAACGAACAACAAAGAUGAUUUAAUGGCAUUAGUUGAAAAUAAAGAACAUCAAAAUCAUUGGUUAAGUAAUUUAUUGCCACAAGGAAAGCUAGACUCUACAAACACAGCAGAUAAUAGUCCUGUACGAACUAGAGACGGAGCUCGAUCACCAUCUUCGUAUCAUGGAAGUACUGAUUUGCUCUCUGGUCCUAUUAGUGCUAGUGGAAUUGAUGAUAUGAUACAUAAAAAUUCAUCAUCACAACAAAAACCUGUCAAUUUAUUAUCAGAAGUUCCAACACAAUCGAGUAAUCGUAAACUUAGUGAACGUGAGCAACGGGAUUGUGACGUGAUCGAAAGACUUAUUAAAUCAUACUUUUACAUCGUCCGUAAGUCCAUCCAGGACAGUGUACCAAAGGCUGUUAUGCAUUUUCUCGUUAAUUACGUAAAAGAUAAUUUACAAAGUGAAUUAGUUACACAUUUAUACAAAUCAGAUUAUGCUGAAACAUUAUUAAAUGAAAGUGAACACAUUGCCCUUAGACGUAAAGAGACAAGUGAUAUGUUGAAGGCAUUAACACAAGCAGGAAAUAUAAUUAGUGAAAUACGAGAGACGCACUUGUGGUAAUUACGAAAUUGAAACUAAAUUGUUUUAAUGUUACACUGUUUGUGGAUGUUACUAUUCCUUGCUGUGCUAGUGUCAAGAUUAGAUUUAAUCGUGUGAAAUAAUUUUACCAUUAAUAUUUGAUUUCGAAUUUAAUAAUCAACACGAUUAAUUUAUUCGCCACACAUUGUAUCAAUUUUUAUUUCACAAUAAACAAUA